ACACUCACAAUGCUCGCUACUUCAAGAACCGCGCUGCGUCAAGCUGUGUCAAAGCAGCUGACUGUCAAGAGCAGCGUCCGAGCUAUCUCGGCAUGGUCCCAGGUUCCCCAGGGCCCUCCCGUGAGUGACGCCAUUCUGGGUAUCACUGAAGCCUUCAAGGCCGACAGCAACCCAAAGAAGAUUAACUUGGGCGUUGGUGCAUACCGCGACGACAAGGGCAAGCCGUACGUGCUGCCGUCUGUGAGGGAGGCAGAGAAGAAGAUCGUCGAGUCAGCCCUGGACAAGGAGUAUGCCGGCAUCACCGGUGUGCCAGCCUUCACCAAGGCUGCUCUCACCCUUGCAUAUGGCUCUGACUCGGCUCCCCUCAAGGAAGACCUCAUUGCCGUCACCCAGACCAUCUCCGGUACCGGCGCUCUCCGCAUUGGUGGCGCCUUCCUCGAGCGUCACUACCCCGGCCCAAAGACCGUCUACAUCCCCAACCCAUCAUGGGCGAAUCACAACGCUGUCUUCAAGGACUGCGGUCUGAAGGUUGAGAAGUACCGCUACUACAACAAGGACACCAUUGGUCUCGACUUCGAGGGCAUGGUCGCCGACAUCAAGGCCAUGCCCAAGAACAGCAUCGUCCUGCUCCACGCCUGCGCCCACAACCCGACUGGUGUUGACCCAACUGAGGAGCAAUGGACCAAGAUUGCCGAAGCUGUCAAGGAAGGCGACCACUUCCCCUUCUUCGACAUGGCCUACCAGGGCUUUGCCAGCGGUGACACCAACACUGACGCGUUCGCUCUUCGUCACUUCAUCAAGGAGGGCCUCCGCCCUGUGCUGUGCCAGAGCUUCGCCAAGAACAUGGGUCUCUACGGCGAGCGUGUCGGUGCCUUCUCGGUUGUUUGCGAGUCGGCUGAUGAGAAGAAGCGUGUUGACUCCCAGAUCAAGAUCCUCGUCCGUCCGCUAUACUCCAACCCCCCAGUCCACGGCGCCCGUAUUGCUUCCCAGAUCUUGAACGACGCCUCGCUGAACAAGCAAUGGCUGGGUGAGGUCAAGGGAAUGGCCGACCGCAUCAUCACCAUGCGUGCUCUUCUCAAGGAAAACCUCGAGAAGCUCGGGAGCAAGCGUGACUGGAGCCACAUCACAUCCCAGAUUGGCAUGUUCGCGUUCACUGGUCUGAAGCCAGAGCAGAUGGACGUUCUGGCCAAGGAGCACUCUGUGUACGCGACCAAGGACGGCCGUAUCUCGGUCGCCGGCAUCACGAGCGACAACGUUGGGCGCUUGGCCGAGGCCAUCUACAAGGUCACUGGUUGAACUUUUAAAAACGAGACGGAGCAUUUUACCUCAGAUUUACAGCCUGUUGGCAUGGAGUGGUAGCGAGUGUUCACAGUAUUAUAGCUAGAGAACUAGCGGCUAGAGUGUAUAACAUGGUCAGUGACGAGACAUGAAACCUGAUUCCUCCAAAUUCUUCGAGCGUGUCUU